CACAAGGCAGGAGAAGAGUCUGGGUCGCGCAAACGAAAGCGAGAGGAAGAAAACAAUGAAAAUGACACUGAUUGGGUUCUUCCAGAACUACCAGCUCAAAUCCUUGGUCCAACGUUCUUGUACCAUGGCUCAGACCCUCCCAUUUGCAUAGCAUAUGAUCAAACGAGGAACAAAAUAAGUCUUCCGGCACUUUCUUUACAUGAUCCGGAGACUUCCGAGGAUGUGACGAUCAAGGAUUUGUAUCCUCGAGAAGUACAACAUGUGUGGGUCGUCACUCGAGUGGCAGGAACAGAGACCAUAAAUCUGAGAACUCCCGAGGGUAAAUUCAUCUCUUCGGACAAGCAUGGCCUUGUCUCUGCAGAUCGAGAGGCGCGCGGCCCUCAGGAGGAAUGGACGCCUAUGAUUUUGGAAGAUGGAUGUGUCGCACUCCAGAACAUGUAUGGCAACUAUUUGGGCCUUGACGAGGUUGCAGGCGGUAGUCUAAGCCUGCGUGCAGAUGCAGAAUCAGUCGGAUUUCAAGAAAAGUGGUGGGCGUGGGGAGCCGGUCGAUCCGUUGUAUCCAAGGAGGAUAGCAAGGUCCUGAAGAAGGCGAAGAAAGAGGGCCGUUUAGCAGAAGCCAUGCUUGAUCGUCGCUCUAAACUGAAGAG